UACUACUACUCGAACUUGUUCCACAAGCCGGAAGGAUAAGUAGAAAGAGCCAGGUGCGACGUGCAGCAAAUAAAAACGUGCGGUUCCGCGGUGUGAUUUCGAAAGGAACGGUCUCAGUCCCGAUUCUAUUAUUUUUAUUAAGUUAAAAAUAAAUACAUUUUAUUAUCUGGACAUUUUUUUAAAAACCGAAAUCAUGAAGUUGAGUCUGUGUGCCAUUUUGGGGAUUGUCCUCGUUUACGAUUAUGCCUCGGCUGAGGAGGAAAAAGGAUUUUUAGAGUGCAUACUGGAGGCAAAUAGUGCUUCCUGUGCUAGAAAAAGGAUAGCGAAAGAAAUUGACCAAAUUGAGUUGGAAGUUACCGGAAAAAGGGGUGAGGUACCGAUGAGCGUCGUCCUUCAGGAGUCCGGAAAGUUUAUAGCUGAGGGACUUAAUACACUUUUUGGUGUUGAAGAAACAGAGAAUGCACAAAAUGACGAAUCUGAAGAUCGAGGCAUGGGAGAGGCUCGUAAGAAGAAAUUCAGCAAGAAGAAGAAGAAGCAUCUAAUGAAGCUGAUCCCACUUGCAUUGUUGAUCAAGUCGAAGCUGAGCUUUUUGCUGCAGUUGAUAUCGACGCAUCUACAAAUCAAAUUUUUCUUCAUCGCCGUCGUCAGCCUGAUAAUCAACAUUGCUCGCUUUUGGCUAGAUUUGAAAAAGAGUCAUCAUCCUUCCAAAGUGAUUUACUACGAACAUGCUCAACAUCAACAUCAUUAUGACCACGAGGACGAACAUGGAUACUGGGGAAGAUCUAUUGAAGAAUCUCCCGCUGAAUCUGCCCAAAAACUCGCCUACAAAGCCCAUGAUCCCGAAUAAUGGCUUCACGCCUUGAAGCCAUAUUCACCGAGUCUCUAUAUUUCAUUCUGAAGCUUAAACUCAGGGAAAAUCGAACAUGAAUCGACAGAAAUCAAUUUAAUCCAAAGUCGAUGUUCUUCUAUCACGAAUAAGAAUCUCGUAUAUUUUCAAUUCUUUUGAAGAAGAAAAAUAAUUUCCCAAGGUUUCUUUCUUACCGACUGUUGAUAUAUGAAAUUUGUGGAAUUUGAGAAACUUUAGCUCAAAAUUUGGUGCUCUUAUUUGAAUAUCGCGCUAUUGUGAAUAAAGCUCCCCUUAUUUUUGAUUGGGCAAAGCAAGAUAAAAAUUAGCGCAGCAAACUUGAAAAUUCUUUUAGAAUAAUAAAUUGUUUUUUAUUUUAUAGUAAGAGAUUAAGAAUUUGAGGCAUUAUUGUCAAAAACCAAAGUACAUCUUUGUAUCAAAUAUUCACAGAGAAGCCAUAAACGAAUAGUUAAGCUAUAGAAAAUAUUUCGCUACUGAGAAACUAUUUACUUAUCGAAACAUUUUUGUAAAUGUCUAGUAAUUUAUUAUAGUUAUUUAUUCAUCACCGUGCGAAACGUGUAGAUAAGAUGUUUGUAAUAAAAAGUUUUGUUUCCUAUAAUGCACUGUUAUUAUAA